CUGCGGGGAUCAAAUCUGCGUGGGCUCCGCAUACCGGGGGAAACAGAGAGGCUCAUCGCAAAACUAUUUGCUGAUGACACAACUGUUUACCUUAGCAGUGACGAUGAAUAUGAGUCAGUCAGACAAAUUACUGACCGCUGGUGCAGAGCUGCACGCGCCCGCUUCAAUGUGGAAAAAACAGAGAUCCUUCCAAUCGGAACUGCCGCAUAUCGGAAGACUGUGAUUGAGACGCGCCGCCUCUCCCAGACAGGGAGCGCAAUUCCUGACUCAGUACACAUAGUCAAGGACGGGGAGGCGAUUCGCUCACUGGGUGCCUGGCUUGGAAAUGGAAUGGACCAUGCUGCCCCCUGGCUCCCCGUGAUCACAACCAUUGAAAACAACUUAGCCAAGUGGGGAAAGAGCAAGCCCACCCUGAAUGGCAGGAAACUAGCCAUUGGGAUAGAGCUGGCUGGGCGAACCCAGUUCCGCGCAAUGGUACAGACCAUGCCGGAGAGUGUGGAGAAGAAACUCACAAAAAUAAUGUUAACAUUCCUGUGGAAUGGGGACGUGCACCCCCGCGUAGCCAGGGAAAGGCUGUAUGAGCCCAUCAACCGUGGG